GACCGCGUCCUCUCUUCUGCCGCCCAGUUCCCGCCCUGCUCGCCUGUCGGCGUCCUGCCUCCUACCCGCGACCCCCAGGGUCUCCGAGCCUAGAGGCGCUGUCCUCUCGUGCACGCGGUCCUUUCUGCGGCUUCCUUCCUCGCCCGGCGCGGCACGAACAGCGGGACCAUCCGGGGCCCGGCGUGGGGAGCGCGCACGGCUCCCCUUCCAUCCCCCGGGCGGACCAACGGCUCCGCCUCCCAAGAGGCCCGGGACGCGGGUGGAGGCGCCAGGGGAGGAGGCCGUUGCCCCUUCGGUUUCGUGUGGCUCGGGCGCGUGAAGUUGGGGGCUGCACGUGUGAUGGGUGUUGAUGGCCGGGAGGCGGGUGGGGGGCUCCAAAGCCCCGGAGAAAGAGUUCAAGAGGACCAAUGUGUCCGCAGUAGAGCUCGAUCCCAAGUAUUGGGCUUGGCAGCGAAGGAAAACCCGGAGAAGUGGGCCGGAUAAUACAGGGAGGGCGGAGGAUACCUCCUCCGACCUGCUCAAGCACCCCCACCCCCAGUCCAGGAGGCUGAUGGGUUCUGCAACCAGUGACUCCCUCGCUAUCUCACGGGAAAACUCGUCCAUCAUGUCGCAGGAUGGAUACCUUGAGGAUUCAGGCUACCUCAAGUGUGACACAGAUGAUGCCUCUGAAACCCAUGAGGAGAGCCUGACAGAAGAGGCCUUCAACACAGUCAACUCCUCCAUUGUGUCUGGCGAGAGCAUCCGUUUCUUUGUCAACGUCAACCUCGAGGUGCAGCCCACCAAGGCUGUAGACAGUGAGUCGUCUGGUGGCUGUGGGCUCCUCCACACCUCUCGGAAGUACCUGAAGUUAAAGAACUUCGGGGAAGAGAUCCGAGCGCACCGAGACCUAGAUGGCUUCCUGGCACGGGCCAGCAUCAUCCUGAACGAGACAGCCACCUCGCUGGAUGAGGUGCUGCGGGCCAUGGUGCUCCGCAUAGUCUACAACCCCCGCACCAUUGAGCCUGACUGCAACUUGGACAUGCUCAUGGCCAUGCUCUUCACUGAUGCUGGGGCCCCCAUGGAGGGUAAAGUUCACCUGCUGUCAGAUAUCAUCCAAGGAGUCACUUCCACAGUCACAGGGGUACAGUACCAGCAGUCAUGGCUCUGCAUCAUCUGCACCUCCAAGACCCUACAAAGGCGGCACGUUUGCAUCAGCCGCCUGGUUCGCCCGCAGAACUGGGGGGAGAAUUCCUGUGAGGUGCGAUUUGUCAUCCUGGUGCUGGCCCCACCAAAGAUGAAAAGCACCAAGACUGCGACAGAGGUGGGGCGCACCUUUGCCACCAUGUUCUUGGACAUCACCUUCCGCCAGAAACUCCUGAAGACCCACACAGAGGAAGAAUUCAAGGAGGCCCUAGUACAUCAGAGACAACUGCUCACCAUGAUGGGCCAGGUUCCAAACCCCACCGCAUCGAUCUACAGCAGAAACUCCAACUCCCAGAAACCCCAGCAUCCCAUACAGCACAACGAUUUUUUCCCUGUGGGGAAGGGCAUCCGGGAGGACUUCGCCCGCAGGUUCGCCGUGUACUCAAUGGACUUCACUGAUGGCAUUAUCGGGAAAAACAGGACUGUGGGCAAGUACAUCACCACCACUCUGUUCCUCUACUUCGCCUGCCUCCUGCCCACGAUUGCUUUUGGGACCCUCAAUGAUGAGAACACCAAAGGCGCCAUCGGUGUGCAGAAGAGCAUGGCUGGGCAGAGCAUUGGAGGCCUCUUGUAUGCACUCUUCUCUGGGCAGCCGUUGGUGGUGCUGCUGACAACUGCGCCUCUGGCCCUCUACACUCAGGUGAUCCGUGGCAUCUGUGAUGACUACAGUCUGGACUUCAACACCUUCUAUGCAUGGAUAGGCCUGUGGAACAGUUUCUUCCUUGCAGUUUAUGCCCUCUUCAACCUCAGCCUGAUCAUGAGUCUUUUCAAGAGGUCAACAGAAGAUAUCAUUGCCUUGUUCAUUUCCAUCACAUUUGUGCUGGAUGCUGUCAAGGGCAUGACCAAAAUCUUCCAGAAGUACUACUAUGGCAACCAACUUGGGAAUCGCAGCUUAGGUCACAAUUCCCUGGUUAGCCUGCUGGACCUUGGCACCAGCCUCAACACCAGCCUCCUGGCCAGCCCGCUGGAACUGAACCCAGAGAGCAGCCAAUUACCUGAGCAACCACACCGGGACACUGCCGUGCUCAGCCUCCUUAUCAUGCUGGGCACGCUCUGGCUGGGUUACACCCUCUACCAGUUCAAGAAGAGCCCCUACCUGCACCCCUACAUGCGGGAGAUCCUGUCAGACUGUGCCCUGCCCAUCGCUGUGCUCACCUUCUCCCUCAUUGGCUCCUAUGGCUUCAAGGAAAUUAAGAUGAGCAAAUUCCGCUACAACCCCCGUGAGAGCCUGUUUAAGAUGGCGGAGAUGCACUCGCAGUCCCUGGGAGCCAUCUGCAGUGCCAUGGGCCUCGGCUUCCUGCUCUCUAUGCUCUUCUUCAUUGAGCAGAACCUGGUGGCUGCCUUAGCUAACGCACCAGAGAACAGGCUAGUGAAGGGCACAGCUUACCACUGGGACCUCCUGCUCAUCGCCAUCAUCAACACGGGGCUGUCUCUGUUUGGGAUGCCCUGGAUUCAUGCUGCCUACCCCCACUCCCCAAUGCACGUGCGGGCACUGGCUCUGGUGGAGCAGCGUGUGGAGAGUGGGCAUGUUUAUGACACGAUCAUGAACGUGAAGGAGACGCGGCUGACCAGCCUGGGCGCCAGCAUCCUAGUGGGCCUCUCCCUCCUGCUGCUGCCCGUCCCGCUGCAGUGGAUCCCUAAGCCUGUGCUCUACGGCCUCUUCCUCUACAUUGCCCUCACCUCCAUCGAUGCCAACCAGCUCUUUGAGCGUUUGGUCCUACUGCUCAAGGACCAGGCCUCAUACCCACCCACCCAUUAUAUCAGGAAGGUGCCUCAGAGGAAGAUACACUACUUCACGGGGCUGCAGGUCCUGCAGCUGCUGCUGCUCUGUGCCUUUGGCAUGAGCCCCCUGCCCUACAUGAAGAUGAUCUUCCCCCUCAUCAUGAUUACCAUGAUCCCUAUCCGCUACAAACUGCUGCCCCUAAUCAUUGAAGCCAAAUACUUGGACGCCAUGGAUGCUGAUCACUGAGCUGCUGACUGGCAGGCCCUGGCCACUCCCUGUUGGUUGGUUCCUCCUGGUCUUCCUAGCCCGGCUGUGACUUUUUGUGGGGAGGUGUGGGUGUCUUGGAGUGCUGCUCCAUGCUGCCCCCCUCACAGCUGUCCCAAAGGCCUAGGGCGUGUGUGCAUUGUGGGGGUUCCAUGGAGUGUGCCUGUACUUCCCAUUGCCUUUUGCUUUGGGUCAAAACUGCUCAGGGCAGCUUCUGCCCAGGGUGGGACUAAGUAGGAUGGAUUUUCUUUUGAUAAAAGAGUCAGAUGCCUGAAAGAGAAACCAUUUCCUUGAUUGUAUAAGGAAUCUGCUGUAUGCACAUUAGAGAAUAAAGCUCCUGUUUCUAUGCUGCUA